GACAUUCUGCAAUUAAUUUGGCAUAUACGAACAAGAUUUAAUGAAGAAGAUCUAAAGUCUGUAGCUUUCAACUUCAAUGGUGUACCAGUCGAGACCCAGAAAACGGAUCCUCGCAAUUCGCCGUGGCCCCGACGGCAGCGCCUUCCAGAAAUGCGAGAGUUGUGGGCUCACCGUGGCAAUUGCUUUGGUUGAUAUGCAUGAGUGUGGACUCAAGAAAAUAACGAAAAAGAAACGUAAAACCCAGUGUGGAAGUGGAAAACUUGAGGGGCAGAGGAUUCAGGACCAGCCCAGAUCGGCUUUUCAUUUUUUUAUGGAAGAAUUUAUAAAGACAUGUAAAGAUGGAAAUGAGAUUGAGAUAGACAAGAAAGGAUGCGAAACAUGGAAGAACAUGUCAAAAGAGGAGAGGCGGCCGUUCGUUCUUGAGGCUGAUAAACUAAACUCUGCCUAUGUGAAGCUUUUGCUGAAGGAGGAAAGUGAGAUGCAAUGGGUGGAUGACGAAGCGGAUUCAGGUGAUGUUGGCAAAUACGACGAGACCAAUGAGGACUCGGAUAUCUACUGCUAUGGCUCUGAAAGUUGUGAUGGAUUUCCACUCUUCCUAUCCGAAACAUAUGAUACCUUGGACACCCAAGUUUUGGUACAAUCAUGCCCUUGGGCUACUCAGAAACCUCAUUGAAGAUUGAACAUGAUCACGAAGCGAGUGUAUGUUUUCCGGCAAGGCAGAUUUGGAGAGAAAACUCUGCGGUUGCCCAUAUAAACUGGAGGCAAGUCAUUUUGGCUAUUGUAAGUAAUGUUAGGCUUAGUUGUGAUGUAGCUUCUCCUUCAGAAGGAUGUGAGGGUUAAUAUUCUCAGUGAUGUACAUGUUGAGAAGAGAGUGCAAUGAGAGCAUUCUUGUUUUCCCUUUGUGGGAGAAUUAAUUCACUUGUAAUUAUAUUUUGAUUAAUUUAUGUCUCUACUUAUUAUACGGAAACAAAUAUUGGGAUAUUAGAUAGAA